AUGAGUGCGAAUGCAUGUUGUUGUUCAAUUGAAAAUCGUCAAACUCUUGAAAGUCUCCAGUUAGGGAAUUUUCAAACCAUUAAUUCUAAUCAAGGUGCUCUAAUUCGAGAUCACAAGUAUAGUAAAACGUUGGAAAUACUUCGUCUAUGCAAGAUAGUAGAAAUUAUUAGUGAUGAAUUUAUUAGCGAACUGCCUGAAAUGUUGGAAUUGAAUACUUUUAUAAAGACACUAAUCUAUUCGAGUAAUAACCUAACAGAUAAAGGAGCCAUAACAGGUGCACUAUAA